AUGCGAUCACUUACUGUUCUGUAUUUGAUCGUGGUAACUUUACUUCUUAGAACAUGUUGGUGUUCACCUACAUUCUACCAUGGCCCGGAGCCUCACACGCUGGCAGUAGUAUCGGAGCUGACUUCACGGUUGGAGUCGCGCGCACAAGAGGCACGCUUGCCUAUACCAACGCCACAGGACAUAGAAACUAUCAAGAAGGUUGCACAGAUCCUCAUCAUGAUUGGAGAACAGGUAAUACCAACUAUAAUUGGUGAAACACCAUCGGGCAACUGCGACUCUCCUGCGGCGGACUAUCCCUCCGAUGCCAUCAACGAGAAUAAUAAAUAA